UCGUGUUCGGAAUAGCACGUACGUUACCGCUCCGUAAAGCAUCGACGAUCGUGAUCAAAAAACAUUAUGAACCCGGUCUAAACUGCUUGUUUUGAUUUACAACCACUAAUAAAACUGUGAAAGUUACUUUUGGAAGAAUAACUGUGUGAUAAAGUUACUUUUGAACGAGAUUUAGUGUUGCAAUUUCAUUGUUGAUCUAAAAGUUAGUAUUGUUCGCUCGGGAUGGCUAGGUUGUGCGGUGAAUGGUGCCUUUAUGUUAGUUGGUGUCCAAUUGGAUUCUAAUACGGCAUUGGACUUGUUUUUUAGAGUCACAUGCUGUAUCCAGCACUAUUUUGCAGGUGGGCACUAUUCCGGUGUAAACUGGUUAUACCACUACCAAUGGUUGACUCGAUCACAUAUCUACAAAUAGACCUCUGAUUUUCAACUGGUGAACAUCGCAAAACUGGCCCGCUAAUAACAACAUGGAUUCGGAGAGCCGGAGUGAGUCGGCUCUUAACAGCCCGACGGAGCCAGAUGUUUCCCUGGCAGCGUCGCUCACCGACCCGCUCGAAGCCCACACACUGGACGAAGCUAGGAGAACCAUCAGGGACCUCCGCAUGAAGUACCGUGCGCAGGCGCAUCAGCUGCUGACAUGGCGGCGCGCGCAACGCACGCAGGAGGAGCUCGUCUCUCGCCUUCAACGCGAGAAGGCUGAGCAGCUCAAGUCACUCUCCAGCCAACUGCUCCUCUUCGAGUCCCGGCUCGUGCGCAAGCAGAAGGAAAUCUCCAACAUGCUCGCCCUAAGGGAAACUAUCAUCAUGAAACAACAGAAAGUGAUUGAAUCACUACAAUCUAAGCUCCUCGAUAAUGGUAUCGAUACAUCCCAAACGAUCCCCGAUUUUCGAGACAUGCUCCAAGAUACUCAUAUCACUGGGGACUUCGAUUCCCUCAACGACUCCGAUUCGGCUGUGAUAAUGGAAGACGUGGACUCCGACUGCAGCAACCUCCCUCAUAUACCGAGGUUCCGCUCAGCCAACCCUGACACCGUCACUAUUGUCAGGUCUAUAUCUGACGCUAUAGACCCCAAUCUAAAAUACAGUAUCGUGCGGCGGUCAAACGGAUUCCUGCGAAGACCAGAGAUCUUAGAGACGGUCUACAGCGUCGAGGAGGAAGCUGAUGGUGACUCCCAGAAGGGUCUGAGUGCUCAGAGCAGCACAGAAAAGGACAUAAAAGACGCAAAUAAAACUGAUGAAGAGAAAUAUAAAGAAACAAGCCUUCUUGCUCAGCGACGGGACAACUUCCGAAUGAGAAGCGUCCUGUUAACAGCUGAAGUAAAGAGCAUAGAUAACGACAAAGAUCUCAAGCCAAAAAUGACUAAGGAAAUCUGGUCAUACAGUUACGUGCCAAAAAGGAUGACCCCCGCCAACGAUUCGGAUGAGGAGGUCACCUCAAACGCUGAGAGCGAUCAGGAGGAAACCGAACAGAGGGCCAACCAUGUCGUGACAUACAACCGAGUGAUGUCCAACCACAGGAACGUGACAAAACCUAAAGACGUAAAGUACAAGAGGAUAAAUAAAGCUAAGUCGAAAAGUUUAGAGGAACUCAGGGGAAGGUUAAAGAAUUGGGUGGAGAAGGGGAACAAGCUAUCAAACAUACCGCUGGAGCACGCCCAGAGCUAUGCCUGAACAAUUAAAAGUUCCUUUAAGUUCACGUGUGAAUUCGGAUAUUGGAAGUUCCAAAGUCGGCGAACGACUUUUGAUUGCUUGAUUUGUUCCGAAGUAAUGCUUUUAAACUUUAAAAUCGAGCAUUUAAUGUCAAAUAGCAUCACUUUAUAUAUCACACGCAACUUACAUACCUUUUCAAAUUAGGUAGAGUAAACUAACAGCUUUAUAUGAUGGAGGCAAAAGUUUAUCUAUACAUUAUUCUUGAUACAGAUCUAUUGUAAAUAGUAUUUCCUAUUGUGAAACUUAUUUAGGCUUAAAGUACUUGUAAUUUGAAUAUUUUUCAAUUUUCGCAGUUCUCUGUAGGUGCACUUUAGCCUGUGACCUGUUUAGGUAUGUUCAAAGUUGAUAUUUUUAGAGUAAUGCAAAUGUUGUUAGCGCUUAAUGUGACCUGCCUACUGUAUUGUAGGCUAUUGGCCUAAUGUUAAUGUUACAAAGGUAAAUAAUAUACAGGCUUAUUUUUGAUGCAUAUAGCCUAAAAACUAUUUAAAUAUACGCAUCUAUAGAGAGCUGAGAAUAUGCUUUAAAUGUAACUAAUUCUUGUGCACGACUGAUUUUGAGUAUUUCAUUUAGUCUAAUGUAAGAUAUUAUUGAGAAGUUGUUUGCUUCGUUGGAAUUGAAUACAUUGUUCUGUGAUGCGCGUUUUAUCAGUUCAUAACACUUUAUUGGCAAAUUAGUAAUGCUGUACAUUAAUUAUAUUUAAUAAGUCAUAUUAAGAACUCGACAUAUUUAUAAGUAUCACGAAUCAGCUGUAAUUAUACGAAAAACACAUUCAUUUGCGGGAAAUACUUCGCUAUUAACAUCACCUCUCUAGCGUUGCCCCGUUUUCACAGGGUCCAGUUAUCUGUCCUAAAAAUUUUACAGGUCCAUCUUUUAACGACUGUCAACCUGACCUUCUAAGUCAAGAGAAAACCGGCCUAAUUACAGGUUAGGCUGCAUUCCAAAAUCAUUUUCUGGGAUUUUGCUUCACUCUUAAAUACUUCUCGGUGAUUUCCCGAACAAUCCAUUUCCAUAUUUGUAUGAGCCAAAUUGCCCCCUGAGUACUAAUAUUUUAUAAGUCAGACUUAGAAAUAGUUAAAACACAGUAUGUGUUGUCAGCUUAUAAAUAUGUUUAGUCCUAUAAAAUAUAAUGUUAAACCGGAAAUCGAUGUUCGUAUACUUGUAUCUAUUGUACUCAUAUCUUGGUGCCAAUUAUUAAAAAUAUUUUCCCAAAUUACUUAAUAAAUAAUUAUUAUCAAUGUGUAAACAAAUUUUAAUAGAAGACGCUGUGAAAUAUUUUAACUAUUUUUUUAUUUAAGGAAGUCGUAGACAAGGAGUUUGUAACGGAAAUUUUAGUCCGUGGAAAAAGUAUGAAAAAUAGGCUAAUUUUUAACUAGUCAAAUCAGUUACUUUUUACUAAACGUCAAAACACAAAAUUACUAUGGAAUUUGUAUGAAAUAGGACAGUGUGACAUCGUAGAAAUCGUGAUAAAAUGUCGGACUUAUUAUUACGUUUUUCUUGAUUAAAAUUGAUAAAUAAGUUAAAUUGGAAAAAUAAAAUGUUUUUCGUUAUUUUCGAUCUGUCUUUAUUUAGUAAUCAGAGUUUUAUAAUUUAUCUUGAACCUAGUACACGACCCAGAAAAAUCACGCCACUUUUCAGUGAAACUAUAACCCGGACCAAUCAAAUAGACAUCUCCCUAGUAUUCAUAAUGCACAGCGUUUGACAUGUACUGUCAACUUAAUUCUGUCAGGUGAAUGCCGUGUUCCUAAAAACUUUGAAAGACUAGUUGGUUGCCCGUCCCUUUCCUUUCAGCGGAUAAGAAAAUGACAAGUUUAAGUAACCUAAAAUAAAAUUAGGAUAUCUGAAGGACCAAUGUGUCUGUUUGAUCAAGUUUCUACGGACUAAAAUGUUCGCAACGGAUAGCCGUUGUCUGCGAAACGCUUUACGAAGAAAAAUUGCAUGUAGAAAAUAGUAGAGGAAAAUUGUUUUUUAUUUAUUUUUUGUUAUGUAUCUCGUAAAAAGAACAUAUAUUUUUCUAUCUUAUACGGCGUCUUGGAUUUAAUAUUAACUUCACAUAUCAUUUCUGACAAUAGAUGUUUGUUAAAUAGCUUAAAUAAAUGUUUAAGUAUAACAGUUUAAUUCACAUAGUUUACAAAAUGUUUGUUCCACGGAUUCGUUUCAUUGCUAACAAUAGUCACUGGACUUUAAUGGAAAAUAAAAAUUUAAAUCAUUA